AUGUCCUCCGCCGACCGGGAAUACAUCGAGUUCUACGCACUCAGCACCGCGGCGACAAUGUUCGCCAACUGCAGCAUCUCCCUCCUCGCCGCCGGAAUGCAAAUAUUCAUGUUCAUCUACGGCCUCUCAACCUUCCUCUCCACCCUCCCCUCCCUUCGCAAAGGCCGCCUCCGCUACAUCAUCAUCAGCGGGACCAUCCUCGUCCUAUCCGUAACCGGCACCGGGCUGGAUCUCUACGUCACCUUCAAGCAGCUCUACUACUCUGGCCCCGGUAUCGAGUUUAUUCGGUACAAGCAGACGACUGGGGAUGCUUUGUUGCUCUACAGGUGCUACAUAAUCUGGAGAGACGUCAAAUGGUUAUUCGCCCCUCUCAUCGUAAUGUUCACCGCCUUCAUCGCCAUCGUCACCACAAACAUCGUCCGCAUAUCAACCGGCAUCUCUCUCAGCUCCCGCGCCCAAAUCCAACUCUCUCUCAGACUCUCAACAGUCGCCAUAAUCCUCACAGUCGCACUAAACGCCACCGCCACCGCUCUCAUCGCCUACAAACUCAUCCGAGCACAGCGGACCUUCGCCUCCACCCUCCCGGGGCGGAGUACCUCGGUGUACCAAUCCGCCGUGCGGAUAUUGAUCGAGGCUGCCAUUCCUCUAACUCUGUUUGGACUGCUACAAGUCUUUUUCAAUGUCCUGUUUUAUUCCCCGACGAUAUCUGGCGUUGAGAAACCCAACCGGGCAUUUUCGGCGGCUUCGUCUGUAUUUGGAGCGUUAUACGCCAGUUUCGCUGCACUCUCCCCACAAAUGAUAAUCUUCAGAAUAACAACAGGCCGCUCCUUCGUGCAGAACCACGAGGUUCAUUCUUCACUGGGCCCCGCCAGCGGUCCUCGCGAACAAUUCUCCCAACCCAUCGUCUUCAACAAACCUCCUCCCACUCUCGAUACCUCAUUAAGCUUUGUGGAAACUGGCUCAGCUGUUAGCCGUUUAGAGAACGGUACACACCGGGGCGAGGUGGAUAUCAGGUCUGAGAAGCCGUUUUGA